CUCAUUAAUAACUGCAGUAACGUCCGUUUUAUUGAGAAGUGUUUGAGGUGUAUCAAAAACACAUACAAAAAGCAGUACCUUUAACAAGCUUAUUCUCACAUGAUUGCUCUUGUGCUCUUCAUUGAGCUGUUUUAGCACGAGCUUGCACAAACUUUACGAAUGUUGAGAUUUUUAUGUGUGGCGUCAUAUGCAGAAACAUGACGUUUUUGCAUUUCUUUUGCUACUUCAUCAAUAGUCACUCGAUAGUUAUUCAAAAUUAUGCGACGCACUUGCACAGUUUUGGCAUCAGUUAUGGAUGCGACUGACUCGUGUUUCACGCUCUUUCAGCCGCAUUUGAAUUGUUCAGUCUUCUGGUAAACACUUCGUAGAGGUAAAGCAUCACUCCAGUACUGUACUAAAAGUCGUCAAUGCAUUUCGAGUUCUGGUACACACACAGGCCACGAAACAAUAACGGAUUACAAACGGAGAGUGGCGCAGCCAUGUUUACGUCGCGCGAGUGCACAGCAUUGUGAUGCAACAACACUGAUAUUUAGGACAAGCGAAGAGGACAGGGCCAUCUAGCGACUUGCGAACGGACUAAGCGGUACUGCCAACCUACAGACGCUUAGAACGAAACUGAAGAUACUUAUUGGCUGUGCAGGCUCGCGCUAAAACAGCUGACUAAUAAAGCGACAUGAUGAAAAUGGUAAGAAACAAAGUUUGAAAGUAAAUCCUUGAAUGAGCUGCUAGUGCCUAGCAGUGCCCUUCCCUCCUCGCGCUGUUCGCAUGCGCCCACAUCUGUUGCCUGAUAAGCGCGUAUCCUCACUGUGCAACGUUUCGUACGCAGCGGAGUUGCCCGCCAUCCUUACUGGCGGCCGGAGGCCACGCGGCUCAUCACACACUACUCACCAGCCACCACCCAGCAGCCACCAGUCACCGGCCGCAAUGGACGUGGGCAAGAAGCGAACCCGCGACAACCCACGCAAGACGGCCAACCCUCUGUCCGUGCUCUUCUUCUCGUACACGCUCCCGCUUUUUAGAGAGGGUUACUCACGCGAUCUGACAGUCGACGACCUCUUUGAACCCCUAGACGAAGAUACAUCUGCUCUUCUGGGGGACCAACUAGAACAGCAAUGGGAGAAACAGCUCAAGAAGAAGAAACCUAGCCUCAUAGGUGCAAUAGUGCGGACGUUCGGCUUGGAGUACUUCAGAAUGGGAUGUCUUAUAUUUCUCUACGAUAUAGUCCUCAGGAUGCUGCAGCCCCUGAUGUUGGGCUACCUGCUGCAGUACUUCACGCCGCCGCGCACCAUGCCGAGAGAAGAGGCGGUGCUGUACGCCGCCGCCAUCGUCGUCAUCACGGCGCUCAGCACGGUCUCCUUCAACCACUACAUGCUGGGCGCACUCAGGACCGGAAUGCGCAUGCGCACCUCCUGCUGCUCGCUCAUCUACCGCAAGUCGUUACGGCUGAGCCGCACGGCGCUGGGUGAGACGGCUGCUGGGCAGGUGGUGAACCUGCUGUCCAACGACGUCAGCCGGUUCGACCUGGUGUCCGUGUUCAUGCACAGCAUGUGGUGCGCGCCAGUCACCGGCUGCAUCUGCGCCUACUUCAUCUACUCCAUGAUUGGUGCUUCCGCCUUCGUUGGAAUUGGCCUGGUCUUCGUCAUCGUGCCUACGCAAGCGUAUCUGGGCAAGCUCUCAUCGAAAUACCGCAGUCAGACGGCGCUAAAAACAGACAAGAGAGUCCGUCUCACGGAUGAGAUCAUUUCCGGAAUGCAAGUGAUAAAAAUGUACGCCUGGGAGAAACCUUUCGCUAAGCUAAUUGAGCUGGCCAGAAAGCUGGAGCUGAAGGUUAUCAUUAAAACGUCCUACAUACGUGGAAUUUUUAUGUCUUUCAACCUAUGCACUACACGAGUCGCACUGUGCUGCUCAUUGAUCACAUUUGUACUAACAGGAAACGACCUUACAGCAGACAAGGUGUUCGUUGUUCUGACUUACUUCAAUGUUUUGGCCCAGACAAUGUCCAUGGUGUUCGUUAGAGGCAUAGCUGAAUUAGCUGAGGUGCUCGUUUCAGUCAGGAGAAUCGAGGAAUUCCUGGCGAAUGAAGAGAUCGCUGAAACGGAAACAAAGUCCCGCGUGUUGUUGAACGGAGUGGACCACAAGGAAGGCAAGGAGGAGAAGGUAGACGACGUUGCGGUCCAAUUGGAGAGGGUGACGGCCAAGUGGGUGGAGAGCCUCAGCGACAACACGCUGGACGCCGUGGACCUGCGCGUGCACCGUGGACAGCUGGUGGGCGUCGCUGGGCCCGUCGGCGCCGGCAAGAGCUCCCUGCUGCAAGCAAUCCUGGGAGAGCUGACGGUGAGCGAGGGGACGUGCAAGGCGCGCGGCAGGCUGUCGUACGCAUGUCAGGACCCGUGGGUGUUCGCGGCCACGGUGCGACAGAACAUCCUCUUCGGGCUGCCUUUCGACCGGCGGCGCUACCGAGAGGUGAUCCGGGUGUGCGCGCUGCAGCGAGACCUGGACCUGCUGCCCCAGGGAGACCUCACCGUCGUGGGCGAGCGCGGGACCUCGCUGUCCGGGGGGCAGAAGGCGCGCGUCAACCUCGCCAGGGCUGUUUAUCGCGAUGCAGAUGUAUAUCUUCUUGAUGAUCCACUCUCAGCAGUGGACACCCAUGUGGGAAAACAUCUGUUUGAGGAAUGCAUUGUAAAAUUUUUGCAUAAUAAAACAAGAAUACUUGUGACACAUCAAAUACAAAAUCUACCUCAUACAGAUCAUGUUGUGCUAAUUGAUGCAGGGAAAGUCAAAAUUCAAGGGUUAUAUGCAUCAGUUGUACAAAACCCAGAGUAUGCAAUGAUGCUGAGCCUUUCAGGAAAAAACACAGAUGAAGAUGAGUCUGAAGAGAAUAAAUCAUCACAAACAUUUGGUAGGCAGCUUUCAAGAUUCUCCAGGCAAAUAUCUCGAGCAUCCACACGUAGCGCAUCUUCAUACCACGGAUCCCUGAUAGAAGAAGAAGAGGAUGAAGAAGCACCUGACAUGAUGGAAGCUACAACUAAAGGAGUGGUGAAAAAGUCCCCAUAUGUUGGCUACUUCAGAUCCGGAACCAACUACUUCGUCAUUUUUAUGAUAAUUCUGCUCUUUGCUUUGGCUCAAACCCUUGCCAGUGGAUCUGAUUACUUUAUUUCUUAUUGGACUACACAAGAAGAGACUAGAAUGCUGUAUAUGCAGAAACUGAACAGUUCAUUUGUUAUGAACAGUUCUGCUGUUUACGAUGAGUUACUGGCUGAAAAUAACAUGACAAGCCAGGCAAAUAAUUCACUUAAUGUAAUGGAGUAUGUAACUACUAAUAAUGAAACAAAUCAGGAUAGUCUGUCAGGUGGAUUGUAUGAAACUGAAACUCUUAUUUACAUGUAUGUGGCAAUUAUUGUAGGACUACUUGUCAUUUCAUUCACUCGUUCUCUUACCUUCUACAAUAUCUGUAUUAAAGCAUCAAGGAAACUUCAUGAUACAAUGUUUACUAAUUUGAUGAGAGCACCUAUGCGGUUUUUCAACACAAAUCCUUCAGGCCGUAUACUGAAUCGGUUUUCAAAAGAUAUGGGUGCAAUUGAUGAGAUUCUUCCAAAAGCUAUUUUGGAUGCUACUCAAAUUAUUAUGACCGUAUGUGGAUCACUAAUUAUAGCAGUGGUCAUCAACUGGGUGUAUCUUAUUCCUAUUAUUGUCAUGGGUUUGCUCUUUUGGUUUAUGAGAAAAAUUUAUCUGAGGUCGUCAAUGAACAUUAAACGACUGGAAGGAAUGACUAAGAGCCCUGUAUUUACACAUCUUCUUGCAACUCUGCAAGGACUUACUACCAUAAGAGCCUAUGGUGCGGAGAGUAUACUGAGAGAAGAAUUUGACAAACAUCAGGAUUUACACACUUCAGCUUGGUAUAUGUUUUUGACGACGUCACAGACAUUUGGAUUCACAUUAGAUAUUAUGUCUACCAUUUACAUGGCAUUCAUUUCAUUUAGCUUCUUAUUUCUGGAAGAUCUGUUUAGUGGGCAAGUUGGACUCGCAAUAACGCAAGCCAUGAGCCUUACAGGCAUGAUUCAAUUCGGUAUGCGGCAGUCGGCAGAAGUGGCCAACCAGAUGAUGUCUGUGGAGCGAGUCAUGGAGUACCUUGGUUUGGAAGAGGAACCACUGCUUGAGGCGCCUCCAGAACAGAAAACACCCAAAGACUGGCCAUCAAAAGGGGAAAUAGAGUUCCGACACAUCUACAUGAGAUACGGGCCACAGACAGACCCGGUUAUAGUAGACUUGAAUCUGCGGAUUAAACACGGUGAGAAGGUGGGCGUGGUGGGACGCACGGGGGCCGGGAAGUCGUCGCUGAUCUCGGCGCUGUUCAGGCUGGCGUUCCUGGAAGGUGAGCUGAUGAUCGACGGUCUGGACACGGCCAAGGUCGGCCUGCGGGACCUGCGAGCUCGCCUCUCCAUCAUCCCGCAGGACCCCGUGCUGUUCGCCGGCACGCUGCGCUUCAACCUGGACCCCUUCGACGAAUUUUCUGACGAAGUCCUCUGGAGGACUCUUGACGAGGUGGAGCUGCGCGAGUCGCUGCACGACAGCCUGGGUCUGCAGACGCGCGUGCUGGACCAGGGCAGCAACUUCAGCGUGGGCCAGCGCCAGCUGGUGUGCCUGGCGCGCGCCAUCCUGCGCGACAACCGCAUCCUCAUGCUGGACGAGGCGACGGCCAACGUCGACAACAACACUGAUUCGCUGAUUCAGAAGACCAUUCGCCUCAAGUUUGCACACUGUACGGUACUGACUGUGGCACAUCGUCUCAAUACCAUAAUGGAUUCCGACAAGGUGCUCGUAAUGGAUGCUGGUCGCAUGGUGGAAUUUGACCAUCCUCACCUGCUGUUGCAAAAUAAGGAUGGAUACUUCUACAAGAUGGUGCAGCAAACCGGCCCGUCCAUGGCAGAACAACUGCGAAGAGUCGCUGAAGAGUGCUAUCACGGUACGAUUCGCUUGUAAGGAAGUUGCAGAAGAACAGGGUGUCUAAAACGCUCCUGCCAUGGACAUUUAUUGAUUUAUUUAGGAUGCUGAAAAGUGCUGAAAAGAAAUGGAAUCGGCCAAAGUUGUACAAAUGUACUAUAUUUAAUUUAUUUUUGCAAAUAUAUUAUUUAUAAUUUCCCGAGGUCUGUUUAAAAUGAAAGUGUAAUUUUUCUAUAAUUAAGAUAGUGGUCCUGGGCCACAGAAAGUGGAGAGACGAACUGCUCUGUGGAGAAACUUAAUGUCUAGAUUUUCAGCUUUUAGUUGUGAACUUACGAGUAUGUGAUUGACGUAGAAGACAUUACCAAUUCACCUACGUCUCUCGUCCUUUUAGCAUAGCUCGUAGUAUGAUACCUGACCGUGUUCCUGUCGUAGUGUUGCGUACAACAUAACAGAAUAGAAAUUCUAUUGCGUGAUUAUCAAAUAUAUCUCACGACUGCAUUGCCGACGGGAUACUAGAGGCUAAUAAAACAUAACGACAUAUUUUAGGACUGGAAUACAAUGUUGAGGUUGCGACAGAGCUUUUCCAUAUUCAAAGCGCGUUUGCGGGUAUAAAGUAAACGAUAAUCGAUUUCCUGCAUAUUGAUACAACCGGUUUAACUAUUGCACUCACGGAAACCUGUCUUAACGCUAGAGGAAUGGAAGACAGCUAAUUGAGGUUUACGUUGUUCCUAUCGGCUGUUCAUAUUCCAUGUCCCAAGAAAGCGAUGAGAGCUGGAUCACCCAGUUUUUAACCAACAGAGUUUGUAUCUAGCAUAAGCAUAUCUUUGAGACAUAUUUUGUCAUAAUGCAUAUUCUACUGUUAGUGUACGAUAUUUCUGUAACAAUACGAGGAAGCAAUAAUUUAUUCGGAUCUAGCUAUUCUGAUCAGCUACUCUUGCCACAUUUUCUUCUUAGCAAAAAUAGCACUGCUUAUUUAGGAUGACAAAUAUCGUUCUAACCUAAAAAUUGUAUUCCUUUUCGUCCGAUACUCUUUCUUUCAUCUUAUCCUCCAAAAAAAGACCCCUCAAAGGGGAAUUUGUUACUUGGAAUCUGAAUGAGAAUAAAACUCGGUAUUCACUAAUAUUUAUCUCUUAUACCUGCAUCCAUUUAAGUUUCUCGCUUCUUUGAGACAAGCAGAACAUUUAAUUUGUAUUUUGAAAUAAUGACCAAUUGAUGGAAAUCAUUUAAAAUUCUUUGUGUCAUUCGUAGGAAAUAAAACGACUCCUGGCACUCUGGCCAUCUUGAAACGUGGAAUAGAAUCUCAGUGUUGAUUUCCUAUUUCAUUGUUUUCUCAAAAUAAAAGUGAAACUUCUAAAACUGAUUUGGCAAACACCCGAAUUUAAGUAAACGAAUAAAUCUUUUCAAGGUUUGAUUAGUUUUAAACGCACGUGGCAGAAAACACAACAUGUAGAUAGAAUAAAAGUUAUACCGCCAUACAUCUAAAAUGGAUUACAUCAAAUUCCUGUCAAAAUCGCUUCCAAUUUUUUUCAUGUCUGUAUUGUGAACUUUUUAUACAUUCGUAAAAGUCAACUGUUUUGUAUUAAAAUAAUUUAUAAUGUUUUAAUUGAAGUAUCUGUAUUACUUUUUAUGCAAAAUAAAUCAAUAAAUAAAACAAAAAUAAAGAGAAAUUAUACCAUG